AUCUUGACAGCAGCCUUAAAAUGGCAGAGAAAUGCCAGGGAGAAACCGAGCUACGGACAAGGUUUAUUUUCUUAUUUUGAAAAGACAGUCCCUUCCCUAAUGUUCUACAAACGUUGCUAGGGGGUUGAUGGCCAGUGAGAGAGCCGAAAUACGUUAAAAUGGAUUUCACGACGGCGGUUUUCAAUGCGGCCAGAGAUGGUAAGCUGAAACUUAUCCAGAAGUUGCUGAGUGACAAAAGUCCCGAGGAGUUGGAGGCUCUCGCCGAGGAGAAAACGCAGGGAGGCACCCCUCUCCUCAUUGCCUCUCGAUACGGACACUUAGAGGUUGCCGACUAUUUGCUUGAACAUUGUAAAGCUAACGUGGAACUAGGAGGCUCGGUGAACUUUGACGGCGAGACGAUUGAAGGGGCUCCCCCGCUAUGGGCGGCUUCGGCGGCUGGUCACCUCCCUGUCGUCCGCACACUCCUUAAACACGGUGCCUCUGUCAACAACACUACGCUGACCAACUCAACGCCUCUCCGCGCUGCCUGCUUCGAUGGUCACCUGGAGAUUGUCCGCUACCUGGUGGAACACCGAGCCGAUAUGGAGGUAGCCAACCGCCACGGCCACACUUGCCUGAUGAUCUCCUGCUACAAGGGCCACAAAGAGAUAGCCAAGUUCCUCUUGGAGCGUGGUGCUGAUGUCAACCGCAAGAGUGUGAAAGGCAACACGGCACUCCACGACUGUGCUGAGUCCGGUAGCCUGGACAUCAUGAAGAUGCUGCUAAAAUGCAACGCCCGCAUGGAGAGGGACGGCUAUGGCAUGACCCCUCUCCUGGCCGCCAGCGUCACGGGCCACACCAACAUCGUGGAGUACCUCGCCCACCAGCCCCGCUCCUCACGAGAAGAACGCGUCGAUGCUCUCGAACUCCUGGGGGCCACCUUUGUGGAUAAGAAGAGAGACCUCUUGGGGGCCAUGAGAUACUGGAGGAGAGCCAUGGAGCUGAGACAACCAGCUGACAAGGUGGGACUCCUGGUCAAGCCCCCUCCGGGUCCCCCUGUCCCUGCCUACGACUGUGCCCGGGAGGUGAGCACGGCAGAGGAGCUGGAGGCUCUAAUCACAGACCCUGACGAGAUGCGGAUGCAGGCCCUGCUGGUCCGCGAGAGAGUCCUGGGGCCCUCGCACCCCGACACCUCCUACUACAUCCGCUACAGAGGGGCCGUCUACGCCGACUCUGGCAACUUUGAGCGCUGCAUCAGCCUGUGGAAGUAUGCCCUGGACAUGCAGCAGAGUAACCUGGACCCCCUCAGCCCCAUGACAGCCAGCAGCUUCUUGUCCUUCGCCGAGCUCUUCUCCUUCGUGCUGCAGGACCGGGCCAAGGGCACCCUGGCCACGCGAGUCACCUUCCACGACCUGAUGGGGGUGUUGGGGAAGAGUGUGAGGGAGGUGGAGAGGGCGGUGGCCCAGAGGGACAGCCCCCCCGAAGCCCCCCAGUUCACCAAGGCCCUGGCCAUCAUCCUCCACCUGGUGUUCCUGCUGGAGAAGCUGGAGUGCACUGCGGAGCAAGAGCACCAGAAGAAGCAGACUGUGUACCGCCUCCUGAAGCUGAACCCGCGGGCAAGGAGCGGCUUCACCCCCCUGCAUAUGGCCGUGGACAAGGAUACCACGUCAGUGGGCCGCUACCCCGUAGGCCACUUCCCCUCCCAGACCGUGGCCUCGCUGCUUCUGGAGUGCGGGGCGGACGUGGACUCGCGGGACUGCGAUAACAAUACGCCCCUGCACGUCGCCGCCAGCAACGGUUGCCCGGAGAUCAUGGCACUGCUGGUGAGGGCUGGCGCUCACUUCGACGCCACCAACUCCCAGAGGAAGACUGCGUACGACCUGCUGGACGAACAGAGCAACGGGCACCCGGCCCUCUUCCCCCUCAACUACGUCACUCUGCAGUGCCUGGCGGCGCGCGCCAUCGAGAAGCACAGACUGCCCUACAAGGGCCUCAUCUCUGAGGAGAUGGAGGUGUUUAUUGAGCUGCACUGAAACCCCCCUCUCCCUAAAUAUCCCCACCCUGUCCCCAUCCUUGCCCCAGACCCCUUUUAAACCAUUCAUCAAUGACCCCCAUCAUCUUCACCCCAUCUCACCCAUGUCCCCCUGACUCCCCUCAUCCUUACCCCAGCCCAGCCCACCCCACCCCACCCCACUUCCCUAUGGUUUCUCCUCUCUCUGUGCCUCUCCUAACUCCAGACUGUGAGCUCUGUCUCAGAUUCAGACCAAAUCACAGCAAUAAUCCUCCCGGCCACAAAACAUUAUACUGACCACAGACUGGGAGCAUCUUAACUGUGGCUACAUGCAUCUGGUCAGGGCUCUCUUUAGAUGAGGUAUUAUUAUUAUUAAGACAUGGACACUUUCUAAGUGCUAGGUUGCUAUUUGUUUGCAGGUGGGAGAAAAAAACCUUGACUUGAUUUUAGGCUUUUAUGCUUUGUCUUUUUAUUUUUCUUCUGUUUUUCUCUAUAAGAAGGAAGACUGCUCACCGAAAGAAAAGUAUGGUAGUGCCUGUAUGUAUUGGGUGCUGGCUUGUUUUUAGGUGGGAAUGGAAGCUGUAUUACUUGAUAGGGCAUCAUCAAAUAUUGCAUGACAUGAGAGCCUUAAAGAGUGAACAGGAUAGCUUGUUUGUUAAAUCUGUCUUGUUUUGCAAGGUUAUCAAGAAGCAUCCUUUGAACAAACAAAGUACACACAGUGUGACUGGCUGCUUGCCAUCAAUAUAUUUUUAUCAUCAAUUGAGCAUUAUUUAAUCCCUUGCCUUUUACUUUUAUAUUUUAAGGACUGUUUGAAAACCAUUUUAUGCCAAAACUCAGCCUUAUAUUGUGUCUCUAAAUGUGUUUAUCUUACAGGUUAGCCUUAACUUACUGAACUAGCUUACUACGAAUGGAGCGACUAACAACUGUGGAGUGCAGACUAGCAUGGGAACUCUCAUAAGAAUACAGUUUGUUCUAGCCUAGAUCUCUUCUUUAGCUCUGUCUAGACUGUGCGACAUGUUUUACAGCUUGGUCAAUCUCUGGAAGUCUCCCUCUGGACAGUUUGGACACUGUGAGAAAGGAGAGGUGGAGAUCUCCUCCUCAGUGAAUGUUUAUGGACUGUUGAUCCCAGUAUCAGGUCAUCUAUUCAAGCCUAGCUAUCUACAGCCCAUGCAGAACGAUUGGAAUCUAUGCAGUCACUCGUUGUUGAUAUCAAAACCCAGAGUUGAUCCUAUUAACCACAGAUGCAGGUGAUGGGGAACGAAUCACACACUGCAUCUUUUAGUCUUAUUCUUUCUUUUUGUUGUUGACAAUCUCAGUUUUUUGUGUUAUCUUAUUUUAUCAUACAUGCUUUCAUUGGUUUCUGUCUGUCCCUAUGUAAAAACCCACCUGAUUGAAUGCACUUUGAAAAACCUCUGAAUCCUAAAGGGUAACUUUACAACAUCCAGGCUAUGGAGUCACAGCCUCUUUCUCAACAACUGAUUGAUUCAUUUAACUGACGGUAACUUCGGAACAAAACUGUGUUGAGAUACUUGAAUAAAAUUCAGUAUCCCUGCAGCAAGUGGGUGUUUGUGUUGGCUAGAGGAUGCGUUGAAUCUCUCCUCUUUCUUUCUCUCUCCCCUCUUUUUUUUCUCUAUCUCUCUGUUGUUCAACCUGUUGUUGAGCCAUUGUGAAAUGCACAUUGUGAUGACAUUUUUAUUUUUCAUAGGUGACAUUUAGGUGUUAGGCAAUUGUUGCAGAGCAGUUAACUCCUGAUUAGCGCAAUGUCUGUUUUAAAAUACAAUACAGUUCAGUUC